AUGGAAGGCAACCAAUCAUGGGUUACAGAAUUCAUCCUGGUGGGAUUCCCCCUCAGUGAAGAGAUGGAAUUUCUCCUCUUUAGUAUCUUCUCCCUGUUAUAUACCAUCAACCUGCUGGCAAAUGGCAUGAUCUUGGGACUCAUUUGCCUAGACCCCAGACUGCACUCCCCCAUGUACUACUUCCUUUCUCAUCUGGCCAUUAUUGACAUAUCCUUUCCUUCCAGCAAUUUACCCAAUUUGCUGGAAAACCUAAUGCUCUUCAAUUUGACUUUUGGUUCUAUAGAGUGCCUGAUUUUGUUGGUGAUGUCCUAUGGCAGGUAUGCAGCGAUCUGCCGUCCCCUUCAGUACACUGUCAUCAUGAACGGGAGAUCGUGCAUGGUCCUGGCCAUCACUUCCUGGGCAUGUGAAUUUUCACUGGCCCUAGUACAAGUAAUUCUCCUGUUAAGAUUACCCUUUUGUGGGCCCCAGGAGGUGAACCACUUCCUCUGUGAUAUUCGCUCGCUCCUCAAAUUAGCCUGCGGUGAUACUGGGAUCAAUGAAAUGUUCCUCUUUGCUGAUGGUGUGUUUAUCUUAGUUGGACCCCUUUCCCUGAUGCUGGUUUCCUAUGUGAGCAUCCUCUGGGCCAUCCUGAAGAUCCAGUCAAAAGAAGGCCACAAGAAAGCCUUUUCCACCUGCUCCUCCCACCUCUGUGUGGUUGGAUUCUACUUUGGCAUCGCCAUGAUCGUUUACAUGGUCCCUGACAAUAGUCAACGAGAGGAGCAGCUGAAAAUCCUUUUCCUGUUUUACACUCUCUUCAACCCAUUGCUGAACCCCCUCGUCUACAGUCUAAGGAAUGCUCAAGUGAAGGCUGCCUUCAGAGUAUUGCAGAAAAAGAGGAGGACAACGUGA